AUAAAAGUAAUGCCAGAAAAAACAAUGUGUCAAAUUUUGACAGUUACGAAUGUCAAUAAAACGUAAAUUUGAACGCAAUUUUUUUUAUUUAUUUACAUGGAGAAACAUUAUAAAGUUCUCGUAGUAGCUACUGGUAGCGUAGCUGCACUUAAACUACCACUUUUAGUUAAAAGCUUAUUAACAAAGCCUGACAAAAACUUUAAUUUUGAGGUCCGAGUUUUAGUGACAGAACAUGCUAAACACUUCUUCAAAACGUCAGACAUACCAUCUCAAGUUCCUGUUUAUGAUGACAGUACAGAAUGGAAUGCAUGGAAAGACCGAGGAGACCCAGUGUUGCAUAUAGAGCUUGGCAAAUGGGCCGACCUCAUGGUGAUAGCUCCGUUAGAUGCUAACACUCUAGCUAAAAUGGCACAGGGAAUUUGUGACAACCUAGUAACAUGCACAACCAGAGCAUGGGAUAUGAAGAAACCAUUGAUCUUCUGUCCCGCAAUGAACACUCGGAUGUGGGAGCAUCCCAUCACAGCCAAACAGGUGCAAACCUUGAAGGAAUGGGGCCAUAUUGAGAUGCCUCCUAUCAGCAAACAGUUGAUAUGUGGUGACACUGGUGUGGGAGCGAUGGCCGAAGUUGAUGAUAUUGUUAAAAGAAUACUAAGUAUAUUGUCCAGUACAGUGACUACAUAGGUUGAUCUAAAUACUAGUUUUGCCCGCGGCUUCGCCCGCGUAAAAGAGUUUUCUGGAAUAGAAACUAGCUCCAAACCAAAUUUCAUAAAAAUAUGUUCAGUAGAUUUUGAGAAAAUUAAUAACGUACAGACAGAGAGAAAAAGGAAGUUUGUUUUAUAAUAUGUAUAAAUAGAACUAUAAAAUGAAAGAGUGGUAGAUACAAGCUGUAGGUUGGUCACUCUGAAAAAUAUUUGCAUAAAAUCACUGUUAUCACUCAAAACAAUUGCCAAAACAUUGCCUCUGUAUUAUGCACUAAAUUUUGGGAAAAUGAAUUGUUAAUGCCAAUGUUUACCAUUUACAUUUAGGGCCCUAUUGAUGUUUAAAUUAAACCAAUAAUAAAAUUAAUUGGAUUGCGACAAUGAAAAGACGGUUGACAGAAUAUUGAGGGAAACUGCAGGCCUGGGUAAUUAAUGUUGGAGCUAUUUGUCACAAGAUAGGGGAAAAACAUUUAUGAUAUUUCCUGUUGUGAUCUUAGUCUGAUGCUAGUAGCAGAAUGAAAAUGAAGCCAAAGUAGUAUAGCUCAGCUCGCAUUGUGGUGAUUUCUUGUAAAACUUGUGUGCAGACUGCAAACUUUGUAAAGUGAUCUGUAACUUUUUGAGUUAUGGAAACAGCGCUCAAUAUAAUUUAGCUUGGUUUUCAGCCUGCAAACUGCAUCAAUGAUGACUAAGGAAUAUUUCAAAAAUUUACAGAAGAAAAACAAUUGUAAUAUUAUUUGUUAUCAUAGUCUGAUGGCAAUUUAUAGAUUCAACUUUCGCAUUAGAGAACACUGAGUGAGUGUUAAAAGUAUUGCCUUUAUAGGUAUUAAUGGAAUUUCGAAAUUAAACUAUUAAUGUUAUACUGAUCCAGAAUCUGGCACAUACAUAAAUAUUGUUUAACCCCAGAAAAAAACCCAGGUUAACCUAUUUCAUAGGAAUGUAACACAUAAUACUAUAAUAAUACUACUAUAAUACUACUGUCAGUGGCCUUAAGUGUACCGAAAGUAAACAAAGCUCCCAAGUUUCAGUUUCUCAAGUAAGAUCCAAAAAAGGUCCCCUGAGGCACCAAGCCAGGCCCCAUACGGUUGCUCAGUCCGUCCCCACCUAAGGCCGUCACUGGCUGUCAUUUGCAAAAAAACCUUACACUUUAUUUAUAUUUACUAUGUUACGAUAUUAUAUUGUUAAUAUGUUGAAAUAAAAGAUGGAACUCAUUUAAA